AUGAGUUAAAAUUUGGAUCAAACUAAUGCAUAAAUUUCAUAAGAAGAAACUGUAGAGAAAUAGAAUUCAAAAUAUUGCACAUUAAAUUUGUAAAAUUAGAACUUAUUGUACAAUCAUAUUUAUAAUGAACAUAAAUUCAAAAAAUUCAUCUUUGCUUUCUUUGUUCUAGUGAUUGUUAUAAAUUUCUUUUGUAAUUUGUCUUUAUUGAUUGCAAAUUUUCAAACUUAAUAGGUAAUAGAAGAAUAUUAUUAUUUACCUUUCCAUUAAUUAGAUUUUUGGGGAGCAUUUCUUUUUGCUUUAAGUGAAGGUUGUGUACUCAUAUUAACAGGUAUUGUGACAUUGGAUUCAUACAAGAUAUAUUUAAUAAUAAUCAAUAUUGGUGGAACAUUAAUAGCAUUGAUUCUAUUUUUAUUUAAUCCUGAAUUUUUUGAACCUGCAUCUCAUUGGAUAGAAUACAGUGUUUAAUUACUUUUAACAUUAACUGAUUUUUUAUUCAUUUUCCAAUAAGAUAAGACAUCAUUGAUGUACAAAUAUAGAUAUUGUGAAUCUUUCAUAAUAAUAGUAACAUUCAUUAUGGCCUUUAUUAAAUUAUUCAUUUAUGGAAAUAUCAUACCAACUAAUGAUGAUGGAGAAAGGUAAGCACAUUAUUUGGAAUAUAGUGGAGAGAUGAUUAAUGAUUGUUUUGUUAUCUUCUUUAUUGUACUUCAACUUAAUUAAGAGAAUACUAAUAUUUUGGAAACUAUGUAAAUGUAACUUGAUAAGCUCUUAGAAUUAAAUGGAAUCACUAUAAGACAGUGA